AGAAAUCACAUAAGUUAUAUGAGUGUGCCUUAUUUAAACUCUCUUCUGACAAAGACAAGAGUGAAUUGAUAAAGAAGAACAACCUGUGUGUGCUUUGCCUUAAUUCACAUCGUGGGAAAUGUACACUGCGCAUAAAAUGCUCUGCAUGCCAGGGCAGGCAUAACACGCUUCUGCACAUGGUGCAAACUAAACUGACCGGGGCCAGCAAUACUGCUGCUACAAUGCCUACUAACACCGAUAAUAGUGCUGUGGUGAUGUCGAGCACCUCCCAAGCGAGAGGCGUGGUGCUGCCUACUGCAGUGGUACGUCUAAUCGACAAAAAUGGGAAAUUUAUUCAUGCACGAGCUUUAUUAGAUACAGGCAGUCAAGUGUCUUUUGUCUCUGAAAGGUUAGCCAGUAAAAUUGACUGUAAUAUAUCCCCAACUAACCAGAUUAUUACUGGGGUCAUUCAAGGCACUAACAUCAUGCAUAAAAAAGCAGAUAUUUCUGUUUAUUCGUCUAUAAACGAUUUUAAAUUAAAUGUGUCAUGCCUUGUAACAAAAAACAUUACUUGUGAAUUGCCACAACAGAGUUUUGACAUAAAGGGAUUCAAUAUACCAUCUCAUGCCCGCCUUGCCGACAAAAGCUUCAAUAAAACUGGGGAGAUAUUGUUGCUUCUAGGAGCCGACGUAUUUUUCCAGGUUCUCCAACGCGAGUCGCUGCCGCUAACACCAACGGGGCCCUUCCUGGUUAACACGAGAUUCGGUUAUGUUGUCGCAGGCAGCCUGCCUGUGUCUGCAGGCCAGGUAUCCUCGUCAAACUUUUGUGUAACAGUUCAAGACUUAAGGCCGAAUCUUCCAGUCAACUCAUGGGAUCUCUACCGCUUGAUCGUGUUAACGUUACUCGUCCAUUCCAAAUUGUAGGCACCGAUUAUGCCGGGCCUUUCAAUGUAAAGCAAACUAGAAUAAGAAAUCCUGUCAUAACAAAAGCCUAUGUAGUGAUUUUUAUAUGCUUUAUUACAAAAGCUAUUCACAUUGAAUUAGCGUCGGAUAUGACAACUAAUACACUUUUGUCAUGUUUUAAAAGAUUUAUAAGUCGUAGAAAUAAGCCUACGAAAGUAUAUUGUGACAAUGGAAGUUACUACAAAGGUGCAGAUAAUGUACUAAGGGAAUUGUAUAAUCAACUGAAUUCCACAGGACACCAAAACAAGGUAUUAGAAUAUGGUACCUCUGAAAGGAUUACAUUCAAUUUUAUUCCUUCUUAUAGCCCAGUAUUUGGUGGUCUGUGGGAGGCAGGAGUUAAAAGCGUUAAAUACCACAUGAAACGUGUAAUUGGAAAUGCGGUACUCACUUUUGAGGAAUUGUACACGGUGCUUGUACAAAUCGAAAGUAUCUUAAAUUCUCGCCCAUUGACGCCCUUGUCAAGGGACUGUAAUGACAUGACUUACCUUACACCUGCACACUUCCUCACUGGUGCUCCGUUCACCUCAUAUCCAGAAUUAAAUUUAAUGGAUGUAAAUGUAGGAAAGCUUAGCUUUUGGCGUCAGUGUACGCAAAUGCAACAGACGUUUUGGCGUCAGUGGCAUAAACAAUAUUUAGUUAUGUUACAGAGCCGUCCUAAAUGGCAAAAUCAACAGCCAAACUUGCAGAAAGGUACUAUGGUACUACUGAGGUCUGAUUCUAUAUCACCGUUAAGUUGGCCUGUUGGACGAAUUGUAAAUGUCAUACCGGGGAGGGAUAACUUAGUUAGAGCUUUAGAUGUAAAAACAGCUAAGGGUUUCAUUGUUAGAACUAGUGUAAUGAAAGUUUCGCCAUUACCUAUAGAUUAUAAUUAAAUUUAUUGUUUAAGCAUUGUAUUUAAAAAAUGUUUCUGGUACUAUACCUAUCUUGUGGCUGUGCCCAAUAUGUUUAUGACCAAGUCAACCAUAAAUAUUUUUUAUACUAUAAUAGUUUUUUGGAUUG